GACAGAAGCGUCAGAGACCAGCAGGCGGCUCAACACAACAUGAUCUUCAUCAUUUUCAUCGUUUUAAUUCCAGCAGCUCGGCUCCAGGACUUCCAGGACUACCAGGACCAGUGUCCCGGUGGCUUCUGUAACCCCCAGCUCGGUGACCUGAUGGUGGGCCGAGCGUCUCAGCUGUCAGCCUCGUCCACCUGCGGUCUGGACGGAACACAGAACUACUGCAUCAUCGGAUAUCUGGAGGAGGAGCAGAAAUGCUUCACAUGUGACUCACAGCUGCCAUACAAUCGCUAUAGCAACCCCAACAGCCACCGCAUCGAGAACAUCAUCACGACUUUCGACCCCGAGAGGAAAAUGAAGUGGUGGCAAUCAGAGAACGGGGUCCAUCAGGUCAGCAUCCGACUGGACCUGGAGACCGUGUUCCAGUUCAGUCACCUGGUCCUCACCUUCAAGAGUUUCCGUCCGGCGGCCAUGUUGGUGGAGCGUUCCAAGGACUUUGGACGAACUUGGAAAGUUUUCCGUUACUUCGCAGAGGACUGUUCCCUUCAUUUCCCGUGGGUGUCCGAUCAGCCGGCCGACAGCAUCGACGACGUCGUCUGUGACAGCAGAUACUCCGGAUCGGAGCCGUCCACCGAUGGAGAGGUGGUGCUGAAGGCUUUGGAUCCCAUCUUUGAAAUAGAAAAUCCAUACGCACCAAACAUCCAAGAUCUGAUCACCUUGACAAAUAUUCGAGUUAACUUCACCAGUCUCUUCACGCUGGGCGACACUCUGCUGGGUCGAAGGCGCAGGAACCCUCAGGACAAAUAUUACUACGCUCUGUACAACAUGGUGGUGCGAGGCAGCUGCUUCUGUCACGGACACGCCGCCCAGUGUACCCCUGUGGACCGAGGACGGGGGGACGUCUUCGCCCAGACCGGCAUGGUCCACGGCAGGUGUGUCUGCCAGCACAACACAGCUGGAGAGAACUGUGAGAGAUGUCAGGACUUUCACCACGACUCCCCCUGGAGGCCUGGAGGACAAAACACAGCCAACAUCUGCAGGAGAUGUGACUGUCACGGUCACUCGGACUCCUGCCAUUUCGAUCCCGCUCGUUUCGAAGCGACCGGCGGCGUGAGCGGCGGCGUGUGUGACGACUGCCGCCAUGACAGGACGGGGCCUCAGUGUGAACAGUGUCGAGCUUUUCUGUAUCAGGACCCACAGAGGGCGGCGGACGACCCGUACGCCUGCAUACCCUGUGACUGCGAUCCGGCCGGUUCUCAGCUGGGCGGGCUGUGCGACGCCCUGAGUGGUCGCUGUGUCUGCAAAGAAAACGUGGACGGUGAACGCUGCGAUCGCUGCAAACGUGGCUUCUUUAACCUGAGGCAGGACGACCCUGCUGGCUGUCAGGCUUGCAGGUGUCACGUUUUGGGGAGUGUCGGGUCAUGUGAUCAGCAGACAGGAAGUUGCGAAUGUGACCGUUUGGCGAGUGGGCCACUGUGCGAUCGAUGUGUGGCAGGUUUCUGGGGUUUGGGAAACUCAAUGUUCAGAUGUUCGCCCUGCGACUGUGAUAUCGGAGGAGCUCGCAGCACCACGUGUUCUCCAGAGGACGGACAGUGUCACUGUUUACCUAACAUGGUGGGUCGGCGCUGCUCUGACCCCGCCCAUGGGUACUUCCUGCCUGCACUGGACUACUUCCUGUACGAGGCGGAGCUCGCCGCUCCGCUGUAUGGGGGAAGUUCUUCUUCUCCUUCGCCUACAUCGCCUUCAUCUUCUUCUUCUCUGCUGAAUCCGGGUAUUUUACCAAAGUGUGAGCAGUAUUUCAGAGAACAGGGUUAUGACUUCAAGCUCAGCAAUGGACGGGUCGUUGUGGUUCGAAGGACUCGACGGCGUGCCCGCCGGAGAAGACAGGGCCAGCAGAGCAGCAUCCCUCUGGACCCGGGUCACGCCCUGCAGAUCAUUCCCCGUCAGAGAACAGCUGAUCAGCCAGUCACCUGGACUGGCCUGGGACUGGUCAGGGUGCUGGAGGGGGCAGGGCUUAAGUUCACCGUAGACAAUCUCCCAUCAUCGAUGGAUUACCAGCUGGUGAUUCGCUACGAACCAGAGGCGCCCUCUGAUUGGCUGGCUUUAGUCUUCAUCACCACAGUGUCACGAGGCGACGGCCGCUGCAGCAGCGACCCGACAGGAAGUAAAACUCUGGUCCUACCUGGAAACUCCAGGGGGGCUGUGCUGGACUCUCCAGUGUGUCUGAACGCGGGAGGUCGCUACCUCGUGGACGUAGUCUUCCACAGACAACCAGGACCCGAUGCCUCCUCCAGCUCUCACAUCCUGAUGGACUCGAUGGGUCUGAUUCCCAGCAUCGAGUCUGUUCAAGAUUUCUGCUCCCAGAGUGAUCUCGACUCUUUCCGUCGCUUUCGAUGCAUUGGACUGGCGGCUGAGCUCAACCCGUACGAGUCUCCACCGGAAGUCUGUGAGGGACUCAUCAAGAGCAUGUCAGCCCGAGUCCACAACGGAGCAGUUCGCUGCAGGUGUAACACUGUCGGCUCGCUCGGGCCGUCCUGCAGUAAGCUGGGAGGGCUCUGUGAGUGUAAACCCAAUGUGAUUGGCCGUUGUUGUGACACCUGUGCACCUCUGACGUUUGGUUUUGGACCUGACGGCUGCACACCUUGUGAGUGUGACCCUCGUGGUUCGGUGUCGGAGCUGUGCGAUCAGGUCAGAGGUCAGUGUGCGUGUCGCUCAGAGCUGACUGGUCGGCGCUGUGACCGCUGUCAGCCGGGAUUCUGGGGUUUCCCGCUCUGUCGACCGUGCGAAUGUAACGGACUGUCGGAGGUUUGUGAUGACGAGACCGGAGAGUGUCUGGACUGCAGGGAGCACGCCACCGGACCAAACUGUGACAGGUGUGUGGUGGGUUACUAUGGCAACCCCGUCUCCAGACAGCCCUGUCGGCCCUGCUUGUGUCCCGACGUUCAGGGCAGCGGACGAUUCUUUGCCGCUUCCUGUCAACCUGACCCACAAUCCCUCAGUCUGACCUGUAACUGCAGGGAGGGGCACACAGGUCCACGCUGUGACAGGUGCAGCCCUGGUUUCUAUGGCAACCUGGCUUUGACAGGUGCCCACUGUGAGGAGUGUCCCUGCAACAACAACAUCGACCCAAACGACCGCAACGCCUGCGACGGCCUGACAGGAGAAUGUCUGCACUGCCUGCACAACACGAUGGGACCCCACUGCCAGGACUGCAAACCUGGUUACUACGGCAACGCCCUGGACCAGCACUGUAAAGAAUGCUCCUGUGACCGGCGGGGAACGGAGGUGACUCAGUGUCCUCUGGGAAGUCCCUGUUUCUGUGAUUCAAGGACGGGACAGUGUCCCUGCAGGGCGGGGGUGGUGGGCGUCCUCUGUGACGAGUGUGAGGACGGAUACUGGAACCUGGACGGAGUGUCGGGAUGUCAACCCUGCAGCUGUGAUCCCGUUAACUCUUUCUCCAACAUCUGUAACAAGGUGACAGGACAGUGUCCAUGCAGACCCGAGUUUGGAGGAAGACAGUGCGAUGAAUGUGGAGAAAAUCAUUUUGGGAAUCCAGACCUGCAGUGUAUCUCGUGCGACUGCAACUUGGAGGGAACCGAGCGUCCAUCAUGUGACCCUGAAACUGGCGAGUGCAUCUGUCGGAUUGGAGUCACUGGUAUUUUCUGCGAUGAGUGCGCUCCCGGCUAUGACUCAGCGUUCCCGGCCUGCAAGAAGUGCCAUCCCUGCACCGCCCUGUGGGCCGAAAACGUCACGGAUGUCCAGCGAGCCACCCAGAUGAUGAGAACCUUAAUCCCUCACCAAGGCGAAGACCUGCCACCUGGAGACAGCCACCAUCUGCAGCGAAUCCUGGAGAUGCACUCCAAGUUGGACAGUCUCUCCAACCUGACAGGAAUCUCUCCACCAAAGGUGGAGAAGAUGGAGAAGCUGUAUGCAAUGAUCAGGAAGCUUAAAGACGCGAUCGACCCGAAUGUGAUCAUCAUUGACCCGUCUCCUCUACUCAACACUGAAAUUGACAACAUUCGUUUGGAGUUCAACAGGCUGCUGAACAGCCUGAAGGAGAAACUUGUUGAGGAUCCAGACAGCGACGAUGAAAACCUGGAGGAGCUGUUGGAUGAGAUCCAGAAGCUUCAUAAAGCCUUCAUGUCAGAUGAGAAGAGAGUGAGAAAUGCCAACAAAGCUCUAGAAGACUCCAUGGACACCAGACAGGAAGUCAAACAAAAACUGAGCACAUGCAGCAGCAGAGGAGACCUGGCGCCACUGGAGAAGAAGGUCAAAGAGCUCAGCGUGGUCGACCUCAACCGAAAGGUCUGUGGAGCACCGGGUCUGAACAACUGCUCAGGAUGUGGUGGAGCUCUGUGUACUCUGGGUCUGGGAAGAAGGAAAUGUGGAGGCCCAAACUGUGACGGAGUUGCUCCUGUCAGUCAGAGAGCUUCAGAGGCAGCAGAGAGAGCGAAGGACCAACUCCUCACACUCCCAUCCAGACUGCAGGAGUCCCAGAACAAGAUCAAUGAUGCCAAACAGGCAGCUCAGGACACCAAAUCCCAGGCCAUAAACCUGCAGGGCCGCAUCAACAACAGCAUGCAGUCCUUCGAGAGAGAGAAGAAUAAAACCAAAGAGCUCAUACAGCAAGUCAAAGACUACCUGAUGGAUGAAAUGGUUCCUCCAGAGGACAUCGAGAAAGUGGCCCAAGCUGUUCUGAAAAUUCAGCUGCCGCUAUCACCUGGUCAGAUUCAAUCAAUGAUCAAUGACAUCAAUAAUCUGCUGUCCAAUGCCACCAGUUUCCAGGGCAACCUGGAGAACCUGAAGGAGCAAGCCAAGAUCACCCAGGAGCUCCUGAAGAAAGCUCAGGAACUCAAGGAGCGGAGUAAGAACAUCAAUGUGACCGAGAUCAGCACAAACAUUUACAAAGCAGAGGAGGUUCAGAGCAAGGCCAACGACAACCUGGAAACAGCCAGCCGUGACUCACUCAUGACCAGAGAUCGAGUCCGCAAUAUGAAAGACAAGCUGGACGACAUCGAGAACAAGCUGAUGAGUCGUCGGCCUGAAGAUCUGCGGGACGAGAUCGAAGCCCUGAAGAAUAAAACUGAACAGAACAGAGAGAUGGCGAGAGACGCCCGAGAGGCUGCAGAGGCUGCUUCAAGGAACGCCACUGACGCAGCAACAGAGCUGGACGACGUGAUGAAGCAGUUUGAGCUUUUAAAGCAGAAAAAUGUGAAUCAGACGACUCAGAGCGAAGCCGCAGAACGACUGAAGAACAUCACAGAGCAGGCGGAGAAGAUGAAGAAGGAGGUGGAGGACAAACUCAGACAGAUAGAAGAACUGGAGAAGAAGAUCCAUCAGCUGAUCAAGAACAAAGAGGACAGAGCAUCAGAAGUCUCCAUGUUGUUGGAGACGGCAGAUUCACUUCGAAAGGAAAUCUCCAAACGAGUAGAAGGAUACGCCAGCUGUACUUCAUAAAUACUGCUGAGUACUACACACUGAAAUACUGCUCCUCAUAAAUACCACUGAGUACUUCUUAUUCUACAUAGGAUCCAGUCUGUAGUAGACAUUCAGCAGGACAAAGACAAAAGCCGCCUUGGGGGGGCGCAAGAGAGUCGAAGAGAUUGCAAAAAACAUGACAGGAGUUGAAUGAGAGUCAAAUACACUAUAUGGACAAAAGUACUGGGACAGCUGACAAUUACACCAACAGGGACUUUAAUGACAUUCAGCAUUAAAAUCCUUGAAUCCUUGAAUCACAGUCAUCUAGAGACUGACUGACUAAAUGCAGAUCAAUAGGCUAAAAGCAGGUCUGAAAAGACCACUCAGGCAUGUUAGCACCUAUCAGCUUAGCAACAUUUUUCACUUCCUCCUCUUUAACACUUUAGGAAGUGAUUUAAACAAGAGGAGGAGCAGCAGUUCACAGACAAACACGAGCUCAUCGAGUCCGCAGUCGCCUCUGAGACUGUGACAAAGAGCUGCACACAGCUUAGAAUCACUGAGCAGGAACACACACACACACACACACACACUCUCUCUCUCUCACACACACACACACACACACUCUCUCUCACACACAC